AUGGCAAUUCCGUUACUAGGCAGACUUGAUCUUCUAGACUGGCCAAUUAUUCUAGUUUCGUUGACACUAGCAUGGUUUGAGUUCCUAGUUUCCAUAAUCACAUACGCAUUACCCAAUUCGUUGAUUUCAUUCUUCACAUUCAUCACCAAGCAGCUUUAUCGGUUGUCUUCGAAUCCGAUAAACUUGAUCAAGUCGGAAAAAAAGGAGAAGCCCGUUGACAACGAAGUCGCCACCUAUCAGUACCUCAAGACCGAGGAUAAGACGCUGUACAACAAGAAAAACUACAACUUGAUGGUUGAGUUGUUGAACGCCAACAACGUGCAAGAAAUGGUGAGCUUGUUUGGGUACGACAUUGAGACUCGAAUCGUUACCACCAAGGACAAGUACCUUCUCUCGGUUCACCGAAUCAAGGGCAGGAAACCGCGGGAACCAAAUGGCAAGGUGAUUUAUCUCCACCAUGGAUUGCUCAUGUGCAGCGAAAUCUGGGUGACUAUGCUCGAGAAAUAUCAGAAUUUGCCAUUCAUAUUGUAUGACUUGGGAUACGACGUGUGGAUGGGCAACAAUAGAGGCAACAAGUAUAGUCAAAAGCAUUUGUUUUACGACCUUGACUCCACCGAGUACUGGAAUUUUUCACUUGAUGAAUUUGCAAUCUUCGACAUCCCCAACACAAUCGACUACAUCUUGAAUGCUACCAAGAAGAAAAAAUUGACCUAUAUCGGAUUCAGCCAGGGCAGUGCCCAGGCGUUUGCCAGCGUUUCGGUCAAUUCCGACUUGAACGAGAAAGUUGACCAAUUGAUUGCCAUUUCGCCGGCGACUACGCCUCACGGCUUAAACUCAAAGUUCUUGGAUAUGCUUCUCAAGUCUUCACCCAAUGUCACCUACUUGUUGUUUUCACGCAAAGUGUUGAUGCCAUCAUGCAUUUUCUGGCAAAAAAUCAUGUAUCCGCCCUUGUUUGACACAGUCAUCGAUGCAGCAAACUACAUGCUAUUCAACUGGAAAGCACUCAAUAUUUCCAAAAUGCAAAAAUUGUCCAGUUAUGCCCACUUGUACUCGACCACGAGUGUCAAGUGUGUUGUUCAUUGGUUUCAAGUGAUGAGUUCCAAGAAUUUCCAAAUGUACCACGACGUAUCGCCCGCACUCUCCGGGUUGAACCCCAUUAGCUACCCGUUGAAAAACAUCCAGAUUCCAAUACACUUAAUCUACGGAACAACCGAUUCCUUGGUUGAUAUCAAUGUGAUGAAGAGACAACUACCCGCACACACAACCACGUUCCCAGUGGAAAACCACGAGCACUUGGAUAACUUAUGGAGCACUGAAGUGUACGACUCUGUUUUUAAGCAAGUCUUGACGUAUCUCCAGCAAGAUUUAGACGAGGUCGAGUCCAAAUUGUUUCGACAGAAUCAAGACACGAAACUAAUAGAAGAUAUAAUUAGAGACGAUGUUGAUAGAGAUUCAACCAUUGGAGUUGCUGAUCUCAGUGCUUCCGCCAGCCUGAUCGAGCCCUCGCAGUCAUACUUGAAGUUGGUAAACGGCUUUGGUUCGAGUGAGAAACAAACAACAACAAGCUCAUUCACAGGUUACCAAAGACCAUCAGUAUCAUCAGUAGGUGGUAGCAUAUUUGUAUAG